AUGCUAGAGCGCACGUCGGCAUGUCUCGACACUGGAGUUCGCUUCUCUUUGCGCCAGAAGAGUCUGUUCCCCAAAAGUCGCCGACUGCUCCACUCGUCCUUUUGGGCAACUAACGCUCCUAAUGUCGAUCACCUCUGCCUAUACUCGAGNUCUCCCGCCCCCGCUCCCGCUACUGCUGCCUGCUCCACCGCUCCUGCCUCGCCCGACCCCUACGAUGCUCCUCCCUUCCUCGACUUCCUCUACCCCGCCCCAACCCAGGCCUUCAUGACACGCCUGUCUCAGUGGGAAAGAUGGUCUCGCAAACACACUCGACCCAAUGUCUUGAGAGGCUAUUCCUCUUUGACUACCCGGAACGGCUCUUCCGCCUCCUCGAUUCGCCCUUCUCGUGCUCAUCAAGAGCUUCUUGCCUUACUGGACUCCCCUUUGCCUGACCGGUCUNNUUUCCUCUCCUUGGACGUCGACCGUACCUGGAAUCUCCUCUCUCAAAUUUCCGAGCCCACUCCUGCCCUGCUCUGUCGUGUCAUUCACUGGUUCUCCAAGACACAUGACAAGACCGCCGAUCGACACGCUGCUGACCUCUUCUCCAACCUACCCAAUGAAUCGAAAUCGCCCACUGUUUAUCAAGAUGCAAUCCACUCCAAUCUGAGACUCGGUCGUCAAUCUAUCGCCGCUGCCUUGCACAAAGAAGCCUCUCUACUGUCAAAAGAAGGUCCCAUCGCUUCUGGCCAUCUUAUGGCCUCUGCCGUCCAAGAAGGGGACUGGUCUUUGGCUAUAUCUGUUCUAAAAGAGUGGGAAACAUAUAAUGCCUCGGCGCCCUCCACGGUGGACUCUGCCAAUUUCUGGAACACUGUCGUUCGCCCUUUUCCAUUCAUUCUUGUACGGCUGCACGAUCUCCGUAGGCUGUGCUACCAAAGGACAAAACACGAGGAAAAGGACGAACUUACUCAAGAGUCACUGCGUCUCUAUGGUCUCAUGAUGGGUCGAUGGGUUCACGCUCAAUCAAGAGAUCCUCUCUUCAUGAGACAACACGAUUCUGCUGCUGAAAAAGUUCGUGAGUCUGUGAGGACGUUGAUCUUGAGGACACACGAGCGUGGCUUGGCCUCGGCUGAUCUAUAUGAAAACGUACUCAUGUCGCUGUUGACUCUACCCCACUGCGCCGAGAACCCAGCCUGCACUGCAAUUGUCGCUGCUACCUACCUGUUAUAUCGGCAGUCCGACUUUUAUGCGCCUACUGAGAAAUUGCUCUUGCAAACGACCAGUUUCUGGAAGGAGCACUACCUUGCUUAUUCUCCAAAAAGGUCCAAAAGCAACUUCAUUGGCAAAGAGAAAAUUCUGGAAGACUUCUUCAAAUACCAUCAGAAACCCAGUGAUAGAGCCCUUCUUAUCAUCAUGAGUGCCUUUGCUCAACGAGGCGUUGAUGGACCUGUCAGAGAGCACGCCUAUCUAUACAAAUCUCUCCAUACUAAGAACGACUUAGAUGCUAAGAACCUUUGGCCUCUUCUCACUGUCCAUGCAGUCAACCUCAAGCCUUCACUUGCUGCUCAACAACUUCAUGACAUGAAGAAAGACUUCGGCGUCUCGCCAAACCUGAAAUGUUGGAAUAUUGUUCUGCAUGCCUACACGCGGAUCGACGAUUUACCGGAAGCUCUUCAACUCUUCCGUAAGAUGUUGGACUCCGGAAUUGAGCCUGACGAGUACACAUAUGCCUCGCUGCUCAACGUAUACGCUAAGCGAGGAGACGUUGAUGGGGUGAUUGACCUGUUGGAUUUUGCAAAGUCAAAUGGCGCGACAAGACCUACCACCUACAUGUUGAACUGCAUGAUUCUUGCACUGACUAACAGUUAUGAAAUAAAUGGUGCUCUGAAGGCGUUGGAUCAGACUGUUCAGGCUGUUCGGCAAGACAGAGCGGAUGGCUCUCUCACUCUGUGUUUCAACACCAUGCUUACUGCCUUGGCAUGGAAACGCGACCUCAAGGGCACUAUGGCAGUCUACCGUCGUAUGAGGGAAGAGAAUGUGCCGCUCGACGAGCGAUCAUAUGGAGCAUUGAUGCUGGUUCUCUGUCUCGUUCGCCAAUCACCAUCAGCGCACAAAAUCCUGAAAUCGGUCAUGCCUGCAAACGGCAUACGACCUUUGGCCUUCCAUUAUGCCAUUCUCACAAGUGGCUAUAUGGGCCAAGAAAUGUACACAGAAGCGAUGGAAGUGGAAGACGAGAUGAAGCUGGCACGAGUGCGACCGACGUCUAGCACUCGAGCCAUUGCGCGCAAAGCGAAAGCUGUCAGUCAAGACAGCAUCACACGCAGUCAAACAGAUGAAGCCGGCCACUUGUCACCUUUGAAUCUUGCGAUCGAAGAUUUCCAAAAAGUGUUGAACGACAAUCGAAUUUUCCGUCAUGGGUUCCAACCUGAACCGCUUGGCCAUGAAGUUAUGGACAUAGGUCAUUUGAUUUAUAUCCAUGGCCGACGUAGGACAUUCGAGGCAGUCCAGCAUCUGUUUCAGAUGUUUCAGGGGAAGCUUGCAGAGGUGGACACUUAUCACAAUCAAGUACCAAUCGUACUUCUGCUCACAAAUCUCAUGUUCGUACACAGCCAAGCUCAAGAGUGGAGCGAGGUCGACAAGUACUGGGAUCUGAUCAAGUCCCGGGUGGACGACAUACGCCUGUUGCACAUCCCAGCAUCGAAACUGGUGCAGUCUGUUCGACAGGGUCCGACCACUCGAACUCGACGAGAAGCGGAGACCGUGCGAGUACCCCCAUACUACCGCUUCAUGCUAUCGCGACCACUACAGUACUACAUCCGCUCUCAAUUCGCACAAUCCUCAAUCAGGAAGCUUGUUCCGAUGAUGAUAAAACUGCUUUCCCAGGGCUUCCGGUUUGCCAACAACACCUGGAACGAGCUCAUUGUACAACUUUGCCAGACAAGCCCUCCACGUGCAUUGCUCGCCUACACAUUGGUCGAGAAAUACAUGAUGAAAGACUGGCCUGGCUGGAUUUCCUAUAAACAUGGCGCGAUAAGAAGACCUGAUAUCGUCUAUCUCAAAAAGCAAACUCACAAGGAAGCACUGCAAUACAUCAGUGCGCGAUACAUCAACAGAGAUCAAGUCAUUCCGCAGUAUCGUACGAUGGUUUAUCUGGCCAGUGCAUUGUUGGAAGUACGUGGUCUUACUAGUCGCGGUCUAGGCGACUAUCACAAGGAAUCGGGCAUCAGCUCGGCAGAGCUGAGACAACAGAUUGGUACAAUUUCUGAGAUCCAAGAACAGGCACCCAGGACAUUGCACGCUAUAAACAGCAUGCCCAGGGUUGUCGACAGGCUUCAAGAGAUCUUACUCCGUACGUAA